CUAGGCCAUUAUGACGUCACAAACUUUUCUUCCCAUAAUUCCUCAAGCAACCAGAAUCGACUCUUGUAAAAUGGCAGCCGUACUGGGUCGCGUGUUUGUGUACGGAGGAAAAGGAGCUUUGGGUGCUGCCUGUGUUUCGCAUUUCAAAGCAAAAAACUGGUGGGUUGGUUCAAUCGACAUCAAAUCCAAUGACCUGGCAGAUGCAAACAUCCUCGUAAAGAAUGAAGAUACAUGGCUAGAACAGGAAAAGAGUGUGUUGACCGAGGUUGGCAAGGCCCUGGAUGGACACAAAGCGGAUGCCGUUAUCUGUGUGGCCGGUGGCUGGGCCGGUGGAAAUGCUGCUUCAGAAGAAUUUGUGAAAAAUUGUGACUUGAUGUGGCGUCAAACUGUAUGGAGCUCCACUAUUGCAGCAGCUAUUGCAGCAAAGUAUCUGAAAGAAGGUGGACUAGUAUCUCUUCCUGGAGCUAAUGCAGCAGCAGGCCCCACACCAGGUAUGAUUGGGUACGGCAUUGCAAAGGCUGCAGUUCACCAGCUCACAAAGUCCCUGGCCGGGGAGAACAGUGGCCUUCCAGCCAACUGUUUGGCCGUUGCGAUUCUGCCCAUCACCCUCGACACACCCAUGAACCGCAAGUGGAUGCCCAAAGCAGACGUUUCUACGUGGACCCCACUAGAAUUUAUUGCUGAUUUGUUCCUUAAGUGGACACGUGGCGAAGAUCGUCCCAAGAAUGGGAGCUUGGUGAGCCUCGUCACCAAGAAUGGCCAGACUGAAUUGGUUUUGGUGUAGGAUGUCCUUACACAGUAUAACACUUAAAAGGGGCCAACAAAUAAUGAUUUUCGUGAUGUGAUAGCUCUAUAUGGUGUUACUUUAUGGUGUUAGCCACGUGCUUCCCUGUGUUUAUUUUUGAAUCUCAUGUUGAGAAGAGGCAGUGAAACUUAUGCUGCUUUAUUAAAUUUUUAUAUUAUCAAUUUAAUUUUGCUUCGUCAUCUCCCAUUUGGAAGUUGGCUUGCAUUGUUAAAUAUGGGAAUGCUGUGUAAUAUGUUAUGUAUUGUAAAUGACAAUUAGUUCUUUUUUAAUUUGUCUUGUUUGCACAUCAUACACAUAAUUGUUUAAAAGAAAUGUGCUUAAUGAUCUGUGAAGACGGUUAUGGCAUUCCUUUGUGAACUAUGCAUUUGUUCCUAUUUAUAUAUCUAUAUAUAUUUAUCUUGCUACCAAUUUUACUUUUGUAAGCUUAUUGUUUGGGAAUGCAGAUUUAAUCUCGGAUAAUUUAAUUUUUAUAAUUUUAUAUUUCAAAUUUUGCAAAAGAUAUUUUAUAAUGGACAUUUGUAUUUUUGAAUUUGUGAUAUGUCUACAUGUUAUGAUUCUAAAGUUUCACGUAAAUAUAUAUUUUUGAGCAUC